AUGGCUCAUACCUAUAGUCCCAACACUCAAGAGACUGAGAAGCAGAAUGGUCCCAGUCUCUUGGUAGCACCCAGUUUCCUGACUUGGACCUCUCUUCAGGAUAGGAAGAGAGAUUGCUCCUCAGAGUCUGGGGAGCAGUUGCAGGAGGACCCGGGGAGUUCCAUCUAUGGAGGCCCUAGGCUGCUGCCCUCCGUCCUGCUGCAGUUGCCUGCCCAGGAGCAGAAAGAUGCCUCCUCUUCAGAAUCAGAGUUAGAACAGGAGGAUCACCAGGGGGCUGCUGCCUCAGACCCGAAGAAAAGCCCCAGUCUCUCACCUCCAUCCUUUCAUCACAAGAGGAAGUGGGAGUGCUCAUCAGAGGCCCCAGAAGAAGAGAAAAGAGGAGGGCCCUGGUGCUCUGAUGUAGCCCUUCAGAAAGAUAUCAGGCUCCCCCCUCGCAAGAGGUGGAGAGAGUAUCUUUCCCUGAUGGAAAAGGAGCAGCAAGAAUCAUCACAAAGGCUAUGCCCUGGGCCUUUUACUCACAUGAGUGUCAUGGAGAAGAAGGCCUGUGGUCUCAAGAAGAAGAUGAAGAGGAAGCACCUGUUCUCGGUGCUGCCUGAGCACCACGCUGCCUUCACCAGGCUGCUGGAGGAUCCAGUCAUCAAGAAAUUCCUGGCCUGGGACAAAGACCUGAGAGCUUCUGACAAGAACCUCCUGGCCAUGGUCAUCGCCUACUUCAGCAGGGCCAGCCUCUUCCCCUGCCAGUACCGGAGGAUCCACUUCUUCUUAGCACUAUACCUGGCCAAUGACAUGGAGGAAGAUGACCAAGAUCAGAAACUAGGCAUCUUACUGUUUCUCUAUGACUGGACUUUCAAAAAGAUUGCCCAGUUUCAGAAGCUACGCUACCAGUUCAUCUGUUGCAUAGGCUGGCACCUCAGGGUGACAAAAGAGGAGUGUGAGGAGAUCCAAGCUUAUGAUCCUGCGCUCUGGGUGUGGGGCCGAGAUCGCACCCUUAUUCAGGGGACCCUGAAGCCCUGA